AUGUCGGCAUGGGUCGUAUCGUUAGUUCCACAACUGAAAUCCGGUGCACUAGUGCAGGCCGGCCACCAACCGGCCGUGGUGGAUGGUGCCGAGAUCGCAACUCGUGGGGCACCAGAUGAGCUGGAGGCCGACAAUUCCAUUGAAGCGAUCUUAGCACGGAGCCGACGGAAAGAGUUGGUGGCACGAGCCGGACCUGGAGCCGUUCGCUAUUUGCCCAGUGAGGACCCCAAUGCAGCGCACUCAGUGUUUGUGCCUGCGCUGCGGGAUCUGGAAGGCUUGCUGCGCAAGGCCGAGAUCCCUGUGAGCAUCGCGGCUUUGGAUCUGACCGCUUCGCCCGUGCCCCCGGAUGCGUUCUUGUGGGAAUACCCGGCCGCCGUUGCGCCACACAUCCAGCUCAUCCUGCCGAGAUCCAUGGAUGGAGAGGCCGGAGUUGUCGACUUCGAUGGUGUAUGGGACGCGCAGUCAUUAGCCAUGGCAGCAUGCCGCCUCGCCGGUCCUCGCGCUCCGGAGAUCUCGGCGGAGGAGAUCUCCCGCUUGGAGAACGGCAUUCAGAAGCUUCGCGACCUGAUGUUCGAGAUGCUUUUUCUGCAGGAGGUGCCCUUGCAAGACGUGGGCCGAAAGGCGGGGCUCCGUGAGGAAAGUUUCGCCCAUUGA